AUGCGCCUCUUCCUGCUCCCCAUAUCGACCCGGCGCACCCUGCUCUACGCCCAGAAGAUCCAUGUCGUGCCCUCCGAGAAGCAGACCAUUGCAGACAAGGUCAUCGUCCGCGCCACGAAGCUCUGGGCCGGCUGGGAGAAGAAGGAGAGUGGCUGGCAGCGCAAGGUCGUCGACUAUGGCAACUACGCGCUGCGGAGGAUACCCUACGAGGAAUGGGGCCUCAAGUCGGUCCCGCCUCUGUCGACACGCCGCCGCGAAGAAGAGACUGUAGGCAACUACAAGGCUCAGCUCAUAUACCCUGACUCGGUCAUCCCGACAACAAAGGCUCUACAGGUCUUGCACACGCUCGGCACAGAGAGGGAAAAACUGCACAGGACGAGACUCAUAUGGUCCCUGAUUGGCAUGCCCAUCAGUGCGCCGUUCGCCCUUGUGCCAGUAGUACCCAAUCUUCCAUUCUUCUACCUCGUCUACCGUGCGUGGUCGCAUUGGCGCGCCCUAGCCGGGGGCAAGCACAUUCAGUUCCUCAUUGCGAAUACCCUGCUGUCACUGGCUCCGAAUCAGACUCUCAGCUCAGUUUAUCCGCCGCUUCUCAAGGAAGGCACAGACACUGCCCCAGGCAAGGACAAGGAAGAGUUACUCAUCACGCAGGCCAAGGGCCGGGAGCUCGUCAAAGCCCUCGAGAUUCCAGAGCUCGAGGUGGAACUGGAGCGAGCGAUCUGGCAAGUCGAGAAUGCCAUCAACGAAAAGCACCAAGAAAGCGGUGCGCAGCAGGUUGUACCUCAUCCUAAGGAGAAACCGAACGAUAACAAGAACUCAUGA